UUCGCAAGAGUCGGUGGCUGAAGAAAGCAGCCGCUUCCGUGUUGUUCUUGUUUGCUAGCAGCGUCUGACAGCUUCGCGACUAGCAUGCCUUUGUGAAGCUGACACUUCCACAACUUUCUCGUCCCGAAAUGUCGCUGCUGCAGAGCUCAAAAAAGAAAGACAAACGUAUUUUGUCCGCCACCUGUCCGGACCCCAAGUGUCGGGCGAGCCUCUUCUUCCCCGCUCACGGCUCCGUUAGCAUCGAGUGCACUGAGUGUGGCCAGCGGCACGAACAGAAGAAUCUACUCAACGUCCAGGAGGUGACCGAUCCAGAUGUGGUGCUCCACAACCUUCUCCGAAACGCACUGCUGGGCGUCACGGGCGCCCCAAAGAAAGGCACCGAGCUGGUCAAGGUGAUGGGGCUGUCCAACUACCACUGCAAGCUGCUGUCUCCCGUUCUGACCCGCUACGGGAUGGAUAAACAAACCGGCAGAGCCAAGCUACUAAAAGAUAUGAACCAAGGUGAGAUGUUUGACUGCUCUUUGCUGGGGGACAGGGCCUUUCUGAUUGAACCGGACCACGUGUCUACAAUGGGCUAUGGUAAGGACCGCUCGGGUAGCCUCAUCUACCUCCACGACACCCUGGAGGAGGUCAAGAGAGCCAACGGCAACAGGGAAUGUCUGAUUCCUGUUCAUGUCGACGGAGACGGCCACUGCCUGGUCCAUGCCGUGUCCAGGGCACUAGUGGGCCGAGAGCUGUUCUGGCAUGCCUUGCGUGAGAACCUGAAGCAGAACUUCAAGCAGAACCUGGACCGCUAUAAGGCCUUGUUUCAGGAUUUCAUCGACGCUGCCGAGUGGGAGGAUAUCAUCAAUGAGUGCGACCCUCUGUUUGUCCCGCCCGAAGGUGUCCCACUGGGACUCCGCAACAUCCACAUUUUUGGACUAGCCAACGUCCUGCACCGGCCCAUCAUCUUGCUGGACUCCCUCAGCGGCAUGAGGAGCUCUGGAGAUUAUUCGGCCACCUUCCUGCCCGGCCUGGUUGCUGAGGAGCAAUGCAGGGCCAAAGACGGGAAGCUCAACAAACCCAUCUGCAUUGCCUGGAGCAGCUCCGGCCGGAAUCACUACAUCCCGCUGGUGGGAAUCAAGAACACUAUACUGCCCAGGCUGCCGGCCCACCUACUUCCCAAAGCCUGGGGUGUCCCCCAGCAGCUCAUCAGGAAGUACAUCAAGCUGGAGGCAGACGGGAGCUGCGUGAUUGGCGGCGACCGCAGCCUGCAGGACAAAUAUGUGAUGCGGCUGGUGGGCGCCAUGGAGGAGGUGUUCAUGGAGAAGCACAGCAUCCACCCGGCACUGGUGGCCGACAUGCACCAGUGGGUCUAUCGUCGCACUGGCGUAAUUGGCAUCCAGCCCGAAGAAGUGACUGAAGCGGCCAGGAAGUCUGUGAUGGAGAACCGCUUGCAUCGCUGCCUGAUCUGUGGCGCCCUCUCCGAGCUGCAUGUGCCAGCCGACUGGCUGGUGCCGGGCGGGAAGCUUUACAACUUGGCCAAGUCCACACACGGCCAGCUGCGACCUGACAAGAACUAUAGCUUCCCACUCAACAACAUUGUGUGCUCCUAUGACCCCCACAGCGACGCCCUCCUUCCAGACUACAAGCUGAGCUCCCUCAACACCUGCAACUGGUGCCACGGAACGUCGGUCCGCCACAUCCGUGGGGACGGCCUAGUGGUCUAUCUGGACGGGGACCGAACCAACACCCGCUCCCAGGGUGGCAAAUGCGGCUGCGGCUUCAAGCACUUCUGGGAAGGGAAGGAGUACGACAACCUCCCAGAGGCCUUCCCCAUCACGCUGGAGUGGGGGGGUCGGAUGGUCCGGGAGACGGUACACUGGUUCCAGUAUGAAAACGAUCCGGCAUUGAACAGCAAUGUGUACGACGUGGCUAUGAAGUUGGUCACCAAGCACUUCCCGGGCGAGUUCGGCAGCGAGAUCUUGGUACAAAAAGUGGUCAACACUAUCCUGCAUCACACUGCCAAGAAGAACCCAGACGAGUACAACCCGGUGGCUGUGGACGGCAUCCAUGUCCAGCGCCUCACUGACUCCUCAGAGAGUCAACAGGCACAGGACCCACCCACCAAGAUCAUCCUGACAGGUCAGAAGGCCAAGACACUCCACAAGGAGGAGCUGACCAUGAGCCAGGCUGAGCGCAGCCUUCAGCAGAGCAUCAGUGAGCAGGCCUCUGUCAUGCAGCGCCGCCGGACUGAGAAGAUUAAGCAGGACCAGAAGGACCGCGGCAGGCCCAUGUCUCCCGGCGGUCCUCAGGAAACCUCUGCCUCCUCCUUGGCGCCAGCCACUCCCACCAAGUCCUCUGUCGCCCCUGCCUCAUCCACCAGUCAGAAGAAGAUCCGCGUGAGCACCAGCGACGGCAGGACGGCCACGCUGACCUUGCAGGCCCGCACGUCCUUCUCAGAACUCCGGAGCAGCAUCGCCGAGCACUUUGGUGUGCCGCCCGCCCAGCAGUGCAUCCGCUAUGGCUUCCCUCCUAAAGAGCUGUUGCCACCUGGCCCCAACAAAGAGAACGAGCCGGUGGUGCUGCAGCACGGCGACCGAGUGACGCUGGAGAUACUGAGGGGCCCUGGCGACAAGAACCCCACGACCACCGGACCUGGGGCCUCCGGGUCGCACGCGGCAAAGAGCCAGGAUGCUGUGGCAUCCGGCAGGACAAGCGGCCGCGACCUUCAAGACAGCAUUGACCUUGAGAUGUCGUCCCUCUGUCUCCUAGCAACUUUGAUGGGUGAGGACGUUUGGUCGUAUGCUAAGAAGCUGCCUCACUUGUUCCAGCAGGGCGGUGUCUUCUACAACAUUGUCAAGAAGGACAUGGGGCUUAUGGAUGGGAAGCACUGCACGCUGCCUCACCUGACAGGCCGGACCUUUGUGUACAAUGCGGCCGAGGAGCGUGUGGAGCUGUGCGUGGACGCUGCCGGUCACUUUGCAGUGGGUGCCGAUGUGGAGGAGCGUGUGAAGGACGCACUGGCGCAGCUGAGUUCGGAAGCGGCCUCCAGGGGAAGCAGAGAGGGCAGCCCAUCGCAUGGUAUGCUUCGGCUGGGCAGCGGAGGCGUGGUGCGCAAGAAGGAGCCACUGCACGCUGUCACCGCCUUCCAGGGCAAAGGUCACUCACUGGGUAGCAGAGGGUCCUCCCCUUCUGAUCACCGGCCAAUCACUCGCCAGCAUAGCAGCGGCGUGGACCUCAGCGCCAGCGUGUCUCGCGGCCCGCCCGACUUGUCGGACAUCCCCAAGGAUGCCACCAAGGAGCUGGUGCGCAUGGCGCCUGGCUUUGUGACGGUGAAGGAUGGCCGCAGCCUGGAUCCCGCCCUCAUGGAGCAGCAGCGCAGGAAGCUGCAGGAGAUGGUCUCCUCCAUCCAGGCGUCUAUGGAGCGCCACCUGCGCCAGCAGCAGAGGGGUGAGGCCACCCCCGAGCGGACGGUUGGUGACCGGGAGGAGGAGGAAGCUGCGGCCGCUCUGGUGUCGUGCAAACCGGACGAGGAGGAGAUGGAGAGCCAGGAUGGAGAGCAGGGAGAACCCAUGGACCACUCUUGAUCUUAGCCCCGCCUCCUCAAUGCCACACUGCCACCUGCAGGUGAAAAGACUGCAGGUCAGCUCUGCUUUGGUCCGCUGUCUUUUCUUCAUUUGUCUGCAUGUCUCCACAACCUAUGACACAUGGCCGACUGGGGGCGGAGCCUGUGAACUGUAUGUAAUGGCCGUUGAUGCUCGCCAACGCACUGACAUCGCACUGUGUAUGUGUUUGUGUGUGUGUGUGUGUGUGUGUGUGUGUGUGUGUGUGUGUGUGUGUGUGAGCGAGCGUGUGUGUGUGUGUGCGCGCGUGUGGCAGACUGCCUCUCAGCUGUCAGAAGGUGAAAGUUCAGCACUUGAUUCCUGCUUUGUGAAAGAGUUAUUUGCCUUUUUUGGGAAGGUAGCAUCACCUCCCUCUUGACAAGGUUAACAAAUGCAGUUUCGUUAUCUGUGGUGGGGUGGAGCUUGCGGGGAAACUGCACUGCAUGCAGCCGAAGAGACGUAGCAUUAGCUUCAUGAAGCGUGCCCUCCAAGUGUGAUGAUCGGUGGGCUCUACACAGUCAAAUGUAAUGUUGCCAACAUUAUCAGCACACAUUGAUGUUUAAUGAGCUCAGCCUGUUCACUUUGUUGCCUGCUGCGCAUCUGCAUUUGUUUCUGUGUUGUCAUGGAGACGAGCAAGAAGCAAGCAAGAUGGUGGCUCAUCAGAGUUAAUGAAUUAAUCACUCUUGAAAAAGACCAUUAAAGGCUGUUACCAAAUGUUCUGCUGUUGUUCUUGAAAGAAAAGAUGAGGACUUGUUAAGGACUUAAAGGUGUGACACAUGUCCUUUAUUGUUAGCCAAGUCUUAUCUAAGACAAAGCUACCUAAUUAAAACUUUUUUGGAAUUACUGAACUCCUCCACAGUCCUAUGCAAAUCUAUGCUUGUAGUAUCCAGCGGUCACCAAAGGGGGCACUGACAACAUCAAAGUGAAAGUAAACACUGGUAUGAAAAUGAAGUUUAAUCAAAAUGAGCAUUAUCUGAAAUUAAUAUAUUUACUUUGUAUUGUUGCUUCCAUGAAACAGUACAGCUAAUGUUAGCAUAAACUUCACGACAAUACAGCCCUGAUAUUAACAUUGAAUAUUUUGCUGUUUUACUUUCAAGGUUUUCUCUCGUUUGAUGAGUCAACAAGUCAUUUGUACACAAACGUGGUUGUUCACUGCAGCUCUGAUCUGCUUUUGCCGCUUGUUUGUUUGGUGAAUUUACAAUAAAAUCACUAAGCUUUACAAUAAAACCUCUAAGAACUACUUGGUUUUUGUUUGUCAGUUUUCAGGAAAUGUGUCGUCAUCCAAACACACACACACACACACACACACACACACACACACAAAGUGCUGCUGUAAUGUUGAGUUUAUUUUGAAAUGCAUUAUUUUGUUUUGAAAUGUACCGAAUGGGAAGUUUUACUGUUAACUCCGUUAGUUUAGUACAGAGACGACGGUUAGGUGGCACUUAUGCACACUUACGAAGAGAACAAUAAGUAAAAACGACAUUAUAAGACGUUAAAAGGAAGAAAAUGACUCAACACUGUAAAGUACAGCAUUGUAUGCAAACAGAUUGUCUCUGUGGAAUGACACUGCCGUUGAUUUAGAAGCAUGCUAAAGUGGUCAGUGUCUAUGCAUAUUCAAUAUUAGCCUCGAUGCUAAACAGUGCUGUUGUCCAAUUGAUGUAUAAUUGUCGUUUUAUUUUAUUUAUGUAUGUACUUUAUUC